AUGCAACCCAAUCUCUGCAAUUAUUGCGGUUUACGCCCCAAAUUCGACGAUGGAACUCAGACGCUUGAUUUCUGUGGCCGAUCGUGCGCCGACAAGGCCAAAGUAGCGCUAAACAACUCCGCCCCCAUAACCGCCCCUACUCAGCCAAACGAUCUUUGUGUUGAAUGUGGCCAACGACCGAAAUUCAAGGACAGCGUUAAGGCGCACGAUUACUGCAGUAAGGGCUGCGCGGCGAAGGCUAGUGCGACCACCAGCACCACCAGCGGUACUACCGCUGCCGCAACCUUACCCGGUAACCUCUGCACCGUCUGCAACCAGCGACCCAAAUUCAAGGAGGGUGCAAAGGUCCACGAAUAUUGUAGCAAGGCAUGUGCCGAGAAGGCUAAAGCCACAAACAAUGCUCCUGCUGCAAGCGGCAUGUGCAAGAUGUGCAAGACUAAGCCUGUGCACUCGGACGGGAGCAAAACGUUUGCGUUCUGCGGGAAGGCCUGUGCAACGAAGGCAUGUAAGUUCUGUAAGGAGAAGCCAAAACAUUUCGACUCGAACUCCGGUACCACGCUCGACUACUGUGGGAAGAAUUGUGCCCAGAAAGAUCGACAAGUGAACGGUAGCACAGCUGGGACAAUCAGUCCUGGCAUUGCCGAGCUUGCGGCCGGCGAUCCUCGAUACCACAGCGUCGCCCAUCAGUUCGAAGUCUCCUGGAGACAUGCCUCGCCAUGCCCACCAGUAAACAAGGUUUAUCAGAUCAUGGGCACUGCAUCGUCCAUAGAUGCUUACAAGAAAUACCGAAAAUCUCUGGAAGAUUCCGGUAAAUUCAAGUCCAAGAGCAUGUCAGAAGGAAACGAAGAGCGUCGAUGGCACGGAACUAAACGAACAUGCUUCCUCGGAGACCCUGGUCAUACUCAGCUCUGCACGGACGCAUCAUGCUCACUAUGCAAUAUUAUUCGUAAUUCUUAUGAUCUCAGCCACGUCGGAGCGGCUCAUGGUUGGGGGAGAUUCGGACGCGGACUAUAUACGUCCUCUACAUCUUCAAAAUCUGACAAUCCGUACACCAAGAACGCCGGUGGUGCAGUCGCCUCGCCAUACAAGGCCAUGCUCCUCAACAAGGUCGCCGUCGGACGAGGUUACAAGACUCGUAUCGACAUGCCUACUACUACAUCUCCCCCUGCUGGUUAUGAUUCGGUUCUUGGUGAGACGGGAAUCACUCUGAACUAUGAUGAGCUCGUGGUCUACAGAAGCGAAGCAAUUAUUCCGACAUACCUUGUAAUUUAUGGAUGA